AUGGAUCACGCCAAGUUGGCUAAGAUGCAGCAGAGCGUGCGCAUUGCCCGACGCCGCACACUGAAGAAAUCGGAGAACAGUUCAGUGCAUCUUCGACACACGCAGCGAUUACUGACCUCGCCGAGCCCUUGCAUCUCCCCGGACUCUCACUAUCUCUCCCUCCGACACACCUCUAUCAGGCGCAUCCACCCAGGAGCAAAAGAAUUCCUCACUAACUUGCUGUUUUCUCCACACACCAGAGGCAAGGGUACUCCCCGCCGCAAGGUCAAGAAGGUGCACCGCACCGCCGAUGCCGAUGACAAGAAGCUCCAGGCCACCCUCAAGAAGCUGAACGUCCAGCCCGUCCAGGGUAUUGAGGAGGUCAACAUGUUCAAGGAGGACGGCAACGUCAUCCACUUCGGUGCUCCCCGCGUCCACGGUUCCGUCCCCUCCAACACCUUCGCUCUCUACGGCCACGGUGAGGAGAAGGAGCUCACCGAGCUCGUCCCCGGUAUCCUGAACCAGCUCGGCCCCGACAGCCUUGCCUCCCUCCGCAAGCUCGCCGAGUCUUACCAGAACAUGCAGAAGGCCCAGGGCCAGAAGGACGACGAGGAGGAUGACAUCCCCGAUUUGGUCGAGGGUGAGAACUUCGAGAGCAAGGUCGAGUAA